UCGAUAUGCCUGUUUUCGUAUGAAAUAUGUAAAUUUCCGUUGUGAAUAAGAACUAAUUCGUGUAGUGAAUCUCAACUGAAAAAUGGACGAAUUGCACGAGUGUAGUUGCUGCCUGGUACGCCCUCCGGAAAAGGGUCUCAAGACAAUGUAUAAACAUCUCGGCAAAACAGAAAUAUACUACGACAUGCUGAAAACCUGCUUCGAUAUUAAUCUUGGCAUUGGAAAUGAAGAGUGUGGCAUAUGCGAAGUGUGUGUUGGGCGGCUGCGAGAAGCAAGUGACUUCAAGCAGCAAGUACAGCGCAGCCAGGCCGAGCUGCAUGCUCGGUUUAAAGGAGUACUCUCUACCAGUGACAAGUUCAAAAUUAAGCUGGAGAAAGCUGGUGGAGAUGAGACCAUCAAAUGCGACAUCAAGCUGGAGAAGUCUGAGGUCGAAAUGGCAGAUGGCGAGGUCGUGUCAGUGGCCAUAUUCACUGACCCACCAGGGCCUUCAGCAAAGCCUGUUUCUCCCCUCUCCGACCGUGAGUCUUCACCCGUGGAGCAGACGGCCACCGACCACAACUCCAAGCCGACUCGAUCUUCUGGCCGCGGUAAAGUUCACGAGUGCGACAUCUGCCACAAGAAAUUCGAAAACACUAACGCGAAAACCAGACUCAUGAUCCAUCGCCGGUCACACACUGGAGAAAAACCCUACUCGUGCAAUGUAUGCGACAAAAAAUUCGCGCAGAGGAGCCACUUGAACACGCACUACGCUUAUCACAUAGGUAAAUUCAAAUUUACUUGCGAAGUAUGUGGCACGCGUUUCAUUCAAAAAAAUCAGUACGUUGUGCAUAUGCGGGGACACACAGGUGCUAGACCGUAUUCGUGUGAUUUAUGCAACAAAACUUUCAGACAAAAAGGCCACUUGACCGUUCAUAUGAGGAAACAUAUGAAGUAUGAUCCUAGUCGCGUAGAGCCGGGAGAGAUAACUAAAUCAGAAUUUUCUGAUGAACUUGACGGAUUUACAUGUGAUAUAUGCAGAAAACAAUUUGAAGACGAAAGCGCCUUAAAGACUCAUAAAAAAAAUCAUACCGGUGACUAUCCAUUCACGUGCGAUAUUUGUGAAAGAAAGUUUAAUACGCAAUUUGCCUUGAAUAAUCACAGGUUUGAUCACUCGGGAGGGAAACCUUUUAAAUGUGAAAAAUGCAAUAAAGGGUACACGUCCAAAGGUGCUUUAAAUCUACAUUUGAAAUUUCACAGUGAGGAUUAUAAGCACGCAUGUCUGCUGUGUAGUAAACGGUUCAUAAUAAAGGAGAAUUUAAAUGUGCAUAUGCGCACACACACUGGGGAAAAGCCUUAUACCUGUGCAACAUGUGAGACUAAGUUCCGCUAUAGAUACAGCUUGAAGAAACAUUUAUUGGAGAAACACAACCAAGUCAUGGACAAACAGUUCUGUUGCGACAUCUGUGGGAAGCGAUUUGCAUUACAGGGGACAUUAAGUAAACACAUGGAAAAGCAUGCUGAGCAAAAAAGGGAGGAAGAAGCCAAAAGAGAAGGGCGGGCAGAAGAGAGGCCAUUCAUGUGCGAAAUUUGUAGCAAACGGUUUUCAACGAAAGGUAUCUUAAGGAAUCACAGAGAGACGCACAAUGAAGAACGACCUUUCGAAUGCGAAAUAUGUCAUAAGAACUUCAGGAUGAAGAAGAGUUUGCAAGAUCACAUGAAAGUGCACGAGGACUUUAAGCGACACUCAUGUGAAGUAUGCGGCCAGCAAUUUAAACAUAAGUCCGCUUUAGCAGUGCAUAUCCGUCGCAUGCAUUCUAAAAGCAUGCCUCACACUUGCGAUGUGUGUGAUAAAUCAUAUCCAGUUAUAGCUGAAUUAAAGAAACAUUAUCGCGUGCACACUGGGGAGAGACCAUUCGCUUGCGAAAUAUGCUAUAAGAGAUUUCCUCGGCAAGAUGGUGUAAGAAGGCAUCUUAGAAAAGUUCACCACGAGAAACCUUCCAAAUAUAUUAAAUUAAAAGAGUUUAAUAACCCUUAUAAUAAAUAAUGAAAUACACAUACAGUCAUGUCCGCACAGGAAAUAGUGUGGCACAGAUGUAUAGUAGUUGUCACAGCAGACCCCAGGCUCCCGUGGGCCGCGGCAAAUGCUGGGAUAACGCAAGGAGGAUGAUGAUGUCUUAUACAUGUGCAUACUAACAAUAUGUGUAUAGACUCAAUCUGUAAACAUUAAAUAAAUGUCAUAUAC